GUAUCAAGAAACUCGGAGUCAUAAAAUAGUUGAUAUUCGGGACGUGAUCCGUGGCAUUUUAGCACAACACGAGAAUCUUUUCAAGGAUAAAUUUCGACUUCUAAAACGUUGUCAUUUUGAUAUUUUGCGUAUUUUACCAUCUUUCGAAAUAAUAUCAGAAGAUGUUCCAUGGACAAAGAUUCCUGUGGAAAAUUUAAGCACAGAAUUUUCCGCAACAGUUUAUAAUAUUUUACCCGGCCGGAAAUGUCUUACUCGUUCAAUGCUACAUUUAGUUCAAUUGCACCACAAUUUACACACGUUGCGACUGCUGGAAGUGCCUAUGAAGAAAAGUGACAACACAAAGACAACAUAUGAAAUAGAAUUGCUUUAUCAAGCAAAUAACCAUAAGCCUGGUAAUAUCUCCGUUACAACUGGGCAUGCAUCAAGACCGCGAUUAUUUGAGCCAGAUUAUUUUAAAGAUCGACAGACCGUUGUCAAAUGGAUUAAGCAAAAACUUUACAGCCUAGAGGGAACGAUUACUCGUUGUUCUCAUAUGGUUACGCCUAUAGACGUAAGUGAAAUUUCGAUAUCGGUGCCAACUCGUGUACUGAUCACUAGCUUAGCUAAAGGUGCAAUUUAUGCUUUAACAGAUCCUUCAUUAUCUGCAAAUAGUAAUAAUCAAUCUACGGUUCGAAGUGAAAAUUCCCCACCAAUAAAGCCGCUUUUUUCACAUAUCCUGAUAUUUCGUGAAGGUGCAUUGUAUGUUCAUUGCCAACAUAUCAAUCACGGAAAAAAUGCCCAUCUUCUCGAUGUCAUCAAUUUUGAAGUCCCUCCUCAACUUGUGGUUUCGCCUAAAUCAGAUGUCUCUAUGUAUUCUCAGUUUUUCGAACCUCUUAUUAUUAAACCGAAUUUGGUUAAUCGAAGGCCUAUAAAUAAAACCAUCAAGGUAUCAGGACAUGAAGUUAAAAGUACGCAGACUUUGGAUAUUGAAACAAGAUGGCUUAAAACUGCGUUAAGUUCGAACAAUGACAUAAUACUCAAAUUGCAGAGUAGUUUAUCUGAAGGGACUACACUCGUCCAUGAUAUACUGUCCGAAUUAAAAAAACUUCAUUGUGUUGAGACACCGCCUGAUGAUUAUACUAAAAUCGCAAACAAUAUACUGGAUCGAUUAUUCGCGCUUGGAAGGGGUUCUGACUCAUUUACAAAUCAAAAAAAUGCAGUUGCACUUUUGAAGCAAAUCCCUAUAAUUUCAGAAGCCUUUCAAUCCACGUCUCCAGAACACGCUGAGAUACAUGAGAUCAUGACUGGACGUGUAAGGCCUGACGGUACGGAGAACAAGCCGCUACCUAUACCACAAUCAUCAUCUAAUAAUAGUGGGCCUAUACCAUAUCUACAGUAUCAUGUUCCAAGUGUCUUUGGAAUCAAAAAGGAACAAGAAAAAUAUAUGAAUCGGUUAGGGAUUAAGCGUAAAGAUUUCGAUGGACAAUUACCCAAGAUGAAAAGCUAG